AUGACUGAAUUACAACACAGUACAUCCUACCUACCAACCAAGGAGGGUGACAGCUAUAACUAUGAGCCAACUAGCUCUCCAUUUAUUACCAGUGCUCAGGAGGGAUACUCUUCACCAAUCGCAGGUAGACAAAUGUCAAUGGAACAUGCCACUCCACUUGAAGAGACUCAAGCACCAGUAUUUAAAGAGAAAUUCUUUGAAGAAACAACUACAUUUAGUAACCAACCACUAGAAGGUAGUACAACCUCAUUCGGUGAUCUGUCAAGUGUAAAUGAAACCACUCUUGGUGGUGCAAAAUCUCAGGUCUUUGAGCAAAAGAUGGUUCCAGAAUAUCACCAUGGUCCAAAUGUAAAUGAUCCUGAGUACCACGGAACCGAUACCAUUUUAGAGUCAACACAAAGAAGCAGUACCUUCUUAGAGCCAGCUGAUACACUUGUAGAGACUGAAGCACUGUUGACCUCCGAAGGUAGACCAGCAACUGAAACCACUUUCGUAAAUCCAGGUCUUCAAUCUAGUACCACCUCACUGCCAUCUUCAGGUAUCACCUUGCCAGCCACUGUCACCACCAUCACUGACGAAAGUGUCACUACCAUCCCAGGAGAUACCAUCACCACCACCACCAACAACACAAUGUCACCAGCCAUCGAGAGAGAAACCAUCAAAGAGACUGUGACCAAGCCAAACGAAGUCACAGAAACCUUCACAGAGAAAAAGAUUGAACGUGACUCUUUGGGAGAGACUCGCACCCUAACUGAAACUCAAACUCAGAAGCUUGGUGAGACUCGUGGAAUCAACAGUUCCUCUGAGAAGCUCGGUUACGAUGACUACUACGAUGAACACUCAUUGCACAACAUCAGCUCCACUGAGAAUCCAGACACCCACUUGCACGGAGAGCCACACAAGCCAUCGCAAAUGCAAAAGAUCAAGGGUGCUCUCAAGGAGAAGUGGGGACACAUCACCAAGAAUAAGAAGAUGGAAGAAGAAGGAAAGGUCUUAGAGUCACAAUUCCAACGUCAAAAGAAUGACUACGACUCCUAUAUGCAUACUCACGGUACCCACACCACCAAGAAAGUAUAA